UUUCCGUCUUUCUCUAUGAGUUAAUCUAUAAAGUUAGGUUAACUCUUAUAAUCUUUCAAAGAUUGUUGUUUAUGAAGUAUUCAUACCAAAGAUAUUACAUGUAAUAUCUUUGAUUCAUACUGUGUUAUGGUGUUGUGUUUCUGUAGCUAAACGCUGCUAUGAUAUGCAUGUAUAAUUAAAAAUUAAGAGCUGUUGCUUUUCAAGAAAUUCUCAGAAGGACGGGAGAUCUCGAGAAAAUUUUACAUAUUCAACGUUAUAUUUUAAAAAUGUGAUUAUCAAUUUUCGAAAUGAUUGCUAAAGGUUGCCCAAAAUGUGAUCAGCAAGUACCAGUAGCAUGCAAAGCAUGUCCUUGCGGAUAUUCUUUUUUUAAUGCCAGAAGAACAGCUAGGGUACUAUCCCCUGGAGCAGAUAUGAGGAGAAGGACUCAGAGAGUGAGACGUGAGAAACCUAACUAUUACGAUGCUUUAGAAUAUGAUAAACGGGCAAGGAAGACUAAACGUCAUAGUGAAUGUGAGGAUGAGGAUGUGAAUAAAAAGGAAGGUAAAAGAAAAAAAAAAGUUAAGAAAGAGGAAGAAGAAGAUGAUGACUUGAUAAAUAAUCUACCUCCUGAAAAACAGAAGCAAUGUGCUAUUAUUUUAGAAGAGUUGAACAGGAAACUUCAAAUGGUCACAUGGAAACCAACAUGAUAUAUUAUGACGAUGGUUUCAAUUAAUUACCUCCUUGUGAAAUAAGAGAAUUCUUUUAUAUGUUCUUUUGAUUCUAGUUGAAGUUAAAUUUUCUUGAACAAA